UCCCCCUUCCCCCUCCUGUCUAGUCCCUCCCCCUCGCCAUUGAAAAGGGCUGGCUUGGCAGUGGCUCCUUGCAGUCGACGAACUGUCAGGGCGGGAGUAGCUGUGAGCCAGAGCAGCCAGCAGCGGCCCGCGCAGCAAAGCGGAAAGCUAGGCUACCAGAGUGCAAGGAGUCUCAGUGGCAGAAGCUACUCAGGCGACACAGGCAGCCCAGCUAGCCCGGGCCGCCCGACCAGCCUCACAAACAGCCUCCAAGACAAACAGCUGCUCUGCGGACUGCGAGCUGUGGCGGUAGAUCCCGCUACAGCAAUCGCAGUCUCUGUGGAGCGGGCGGAAGCCUUUUUUUCUCCUUUUUCGUUCCCCUCUUCAUACUACUCAAAGAGGAGUCUAAACAGUAGCUUCAGCGAAGCUGAAUGAAACUCUGAUCUGGGAAAGUGCGGGGAUGCAGAGUUGACGCCCCAGACCAUUAGGGGAGACACCUGGAGCAAGUCCAGCUGAGGGGCAGUGUGCCUCAGCAGUGAAUCCGCGGUGGACCCUGGAAGCUGGCCCAGCUGCGCUCCUCUCUGGGGUCUCCGAUUUGAGUCCAGGUUUGAUAGCGCAACCCGGUUGGGGAGCGACCCUUGCCGCAGGGCUUCGGAAAACUGUGCGCACAGCAGGGCGCCCAGCGUCUACUGGAUUGGUCCUCCUGGUAUGAUCCCAUUUCUUCCUGCCCUGGGACCUAGUGGAUGUAGAGAUGUAUAUCGUGGGCUGACAAACAGUACCUUUGGUAUUGAGACUGGUAUGGACUUGUUGUCCGGGACGUAUAUAUUUGCGGUCCUGUUAGCAUGCGUCGUGUUUCAGUCUGGCGCCCAGGAGAAGAAUUAUACAGUCCGAGAAGAAAUGCCAGAAAACGUCCUGAUAGGCGACUUGUUGAAAGACCUCAACUUGUCGCUUAUUCCCGACAAGUCCUUAACCACUCCUAUGCAGUUCAAAUUAGUUUACAAAACCGGGGAUGUACCAUUGAUUCGCAUUGAAGAGGGUACUGGAGAGAUCUUCACUACUGGUGCACGCAUUGAUCGUGAGAAAUUAUGUGCUGGAAUCGUGUUGGAUGCCCGUUGCUUUUACGAAGUGGAGGUUGCUGUUUUGCCGGAUGAAAUAUUUCGAUUGGUUAAGAUACGCUUUCUGAUUGAAGACAUAAAUGAUAAUGCACCGUUAUUCCCAACAACUGUCAUCAACAUAUCAAUUCCGGAGAACUCGGCUAUAAACUCUCGAUAUUCUCUUCCAGCAGCCAUUGAUCCUGACAUUGGAAUAAAUGGAGUCCAAAAUUACCAACUAAUUAAGAGUCAAAAUAUUUUCGGACUUGAUGUCAUUGAAACACCAGAAGGAGACAAGAUGCCCCAACUGAUUGUUCAAAAGGAGUUAGAUAGAGAAGAGAAGGAUACCUAUGUGAUGAAAGUAAAAGUUGAAGAUGGUGGCUUUCCUCAAAGAUCCAGUACAGCUAUUUUGCAAGUAAGUGUUGCUGAUACAAACGACAAUCACCCAAUCUUCAUAGAAAAGGAAAUUGAAGUCAGUAUACCAGAAAAUGCUCCUAUAGGUUCUUCAGUGACACAGCUCCAUGCCACAGAUGCAGAUAUAGGUGAGAAUGCCAGAAUUCACUUUUAUUUCAGCAACCUAGUCUCCAACAUCGCUAAGAGACUGUUUCAUCUAAACACCACUACUGGACUUAUCACUGUCAAAGAACCACUGGAUAGGGAAGAAUCACCAAGUCACAAGUUAUUGGUUUUGGCAACUGAUGGUGGAUCAACACCAGCAAGAGCAACGGUGCUGGUAAAUGUCACAGAUAUCAAUGAUAAUGUCCCAUCAAUUGACAUAAGAUACAUUGUCAAUCCAACCAAUGGCACUGUGCUUCUUUCAGAGAAUGCUCCACUUAACACUAAAAUUGCUCUCAUAACUGUGAUGGAUAAGGAUUCUGAACAUAAUGGUAGGGUGACAUGCUUCACAGAUCAUGAAGUUCCUUUCAGAUUGCGACCAGUAUUCAGUAAUCAGUUUCUCUUGGAGACUGCUGCAUUUCUUGACUUUGAGUCCACAAGAGAAUAUGCCAUAAAAUUACUAGCCGCUGAUGCUGGCAAACCUCCUUUGAAUCAGUCAUCCAUGCUCCUGAUCAAAGUAAAAGAUGAAAAUGACAAUGCUCCAGUUUUCACCCAGUCUUUCAUAAGCCUUUCUGUUCCUGAGAAUAACUCUCCUGGUGCACAGUUGACAAAAAUCAGUGCAACAGAUGCAGACAGUGGACAGAAUGCUGAAAUAAGCUACAUGCUAGGUUUUGAUGCACCACCUGAAUUCAAUCUGGAUCAACGUACUGGCAUCCUGACUGCAGUGAAGAAACUAGAUAGGGAAAAACAGGAAAAGUAUUACUUUACAGUUUUGGCACAGGACAAUGGAAUUCCACCCUUAAUGUCCAAUGCCACUGUAUUUGUGACUGUUCUUGACCAGAAUGAUAAUAGCCCAAUUUUCACUCAUAAUGAAUAUAACUUCUAUGUUCCUGAAAGCCUUCCAAAACAUGGCACAGUAGGGCUAAUAACUGUGACUGAUCCUGAUUACGGAGAGAAUUCUGCAGUUACCCUCUCCAUCUUAGAUGUGAAUGAUCAAUUCACUAUUGAUCCACAGUCUGGUGUCAUCAGGCCAAAUAUUUCAUUUGACAGAGAAAGACAAGAAUCCUAUACUUUCUAUGUAAAAGCUGAGGAUGGUGGUAGGGUAUCACGUUCUUCAACUGCUAGAGUAACCAUAAAUGUGGUUGAUGUCAAUGAUAACAAACCAAUUUUUAUUGACCCUCCUUCCAAUUACUCCUUUGAAUGGGUUCUACCAUCCACAAACCCUGGCACAGUUGUCUUCAAGGUUGUUGCAAUUGACGAUGAUAUUGGCAUGAAUGCAGAGGUUCUUUACAGCAUUGUUGGAGGAAAUACAAAAGGACUGUUUAUGAUUGAACAAACAUCAGGUAACAUCACAUUGAAGGAGAAGUGCAUGGUUUCAGAUCUUGGUUUACACCGAGUCAUAGUCAAAGCUAAUGAUUUAGGACAACCUGAUUCUCUCUUCAAUGUUGUAAAUGUCAAUUUCUUUAUAAAUGAGUCCGUGCCCAAUGCCACACUGAUUUAUGAACUGGUGCGCAGAAGCAUUGAUGCACCUGCCAAUCAAAAUACUGAAACAACCAGUGCAUCCUCACCAACCACUGACUAUGUCAAGAUCAUGGUUGCCAUUGUGGCUGGCACCAUAACUGUUGUCCUAGUUAUUUUCAUCACUGCUGUAGUAAGAUGCCGCCAACCACCACAUCUUAAGGCUUCUCAGAAAAACAAACAGAAUUCUGAGUGGGUUACUCCAAACCCAGAAAACAGGCAGAUGAUUAUGAUGAAGAAGAAGAAGAAAAAGAAGAAGAAGCAUCCCCCCAAGAACUUGCUGCUUAAUUUUGUCACUAUUGAAGAAGCAAAGCCAGAUGACGGUGAAAAUGAGAGAAACAGUGUCACACUAGAUCUUCCAAUUGAGCUGGAAGAGCAAACCAUGGGCAAAUACAACUGGGGCACUACACCUACUACUUUCAAACCUGAUAGCCCUGAUUUGGCUCGACACUACAAAUCGGCCUCUCCUCAGCCUGCAUUCCAGAUCCAGCCUGAAACGCCCCUGAACUCAAAGCACCACAUCAUUCAGGAACUGCCUCUUGAUAAUACCUUCGUUGGCUGUGAUUCCAUCUCCAAGUGCUCCUCCAGCAGUUCUGAUCCCUACAGUGUUUCUGAGUGUAGCUAUCCAGUGACAACUUUCAAGGCCCCUGUGUCUGUGCAUAUCAGACCGACUGAACCCAGGACAUCAACCAUUGAAAUCUGCAGUGAGAUAUAACUUUUUAGGAAUAACAUAAUUCCAUUGCUUUCCCAUAGUAUUUCAGUGACUUGUGAUUAUAAAAUUUGGCCAAGAACAUUAAUUUUGAAAUUUGUUUUCCUUUACAACUUGAAGCAAAGUGAAACCAGUCUUAAAAAUGAAGUCCCCUAAUCAAAAAUAAAGGCAUCUAUCAUAGUGGUGGGGGUUCUAUCUGCCCCCCUUUGUCAAACUUCUACUACAGAAAUUUAAUUAUCCCUUUACUAAAAAGAAAUUGUGGAAAUUUUUUUCUUGUCCUUCAAACUGAUAUAUUUGUGCUAACAUCAGGGAGCCUGUCCUUUGUAUAAUAUAAAGGAACAUGAAGAAAUGGGAUUUGUUUUAAGGUGUUAUAAUACAUAAAUGAGAAAGAUAAAAGGCUAGAAAAGAAGGAUGUCUGCUGAUAGUACUUUUGUCAAGCACCAUGGCACUUAAGGUCUACAUUAAUUAGAGAAGAUGGUUGUAAGUCCUUUCCUGGUCCAAUUUGAAGGUGAAUAACUUCCAUCAGCAGUUAUUAAAAUAUAUUCUUUGUAAAGAAAAAAUAAGAUGUCCCCCAUAACCAUGAGCCUUCAUUAACUAUAAAUUGACAGCUAAAAUUUUAACAUUAAAUUUUCUGGAUGAAGAAAUGAAUUGCUCUAGUGAAUUCUUUCAUAUUGUCUUAAUUUUCUUUCUCUUAAUGUUAAAAACUGUGAUUUAAUACACUGCUGUCUUUGUGUACAUAUUAAUGGUUCAUAUGUAAUUUAUGAUACAUGGAAUUACUCAUUCUGUCUUUUCACUGAAGAAUUUAAACAUCAUCGUUGGGAGUUUGUAAGUGAAGGUGAACUAUCCAUGUAAGCUAUCCUCUGAAAGGUAUCUGGGAUAAGAAAAAAAUUGAGGCAAACUAAAUCAAAACAAUAACAAAAAUUUAAAAAAUCUAUAGAUCAUCAUAUUGAAAACAUGCAUUAACAUUGUUUUUGAGUAUAAAAUUACAUAAAUUUCUUCCUUUUAAAUUUUUUAUGAUGUAAAAUAGUAAAAUAUCAUACAUUUUAUGUUAAUUGUAAUCAUAUUUUCCAGUAAUUUAAUUACUGAAAUAUAUUUAUAAAAACAUGAUUCAUUAUGUAACCAUUCAAAAUAAAGAAAAUUCUAUGUAGAUGGCACAAUCCUUUAUACUUUCUAUUUUGGUGUUUAUUUUACUAGGAAAAACAAUUCAGUCAAUACAAGAAUAGAAACAAAGAUUUAGAUAGAACAUGUCAAAAUCAAUGUAUCUGAAUUUUACAACUCUAUAGGAAAAUUUUGAGAGGCUAGAAUAAAUUUUGCAUGGGUUUAUUUUGUCUUCAAGUAAAUUAUUCCAUACAUACCAUUUUUCUGAGUAAAUUUCCGUUUUAAAAUUUAGCCUCUUUUAGAGUUCUUUUGAUUAGAUACUUUUUAUAGAGAUGAUUGGAUAUGUUAAAUGUUGUAUAUGCCAUCUUAUUUGAGAAAUAAUGACAGGACUUGUCUUUAUUAUAUGUUCUUUAAGGUUCUUAUACUUUACUAAUACUACUAAUAGCAUUAAAACAAAAACACAAAACCUCCUCUUUAUCUUGGUACGAGGCUCGAGUAUAAGGGACUCUAUAGCAGUGAUAUAUGUCUUUAAAUUUUUCUUUCAAAUUCCAAAUUGUAUGUUUAACUGGAAAGACAUACUAUGUAAAUAUUAUUCUUACAUAUGUAUACUAAAAUUAGUGUGUAAUUUGAAGUGUUCUUUGAUGUGGUGAUAGUUAGAGGAGGUUAAUGUUUUUCUAUGUAGGAUUUCAAGUUAAUAUUGUCUCAGAUAUUUAAUAUAUAGGUAGUAGUUUAAGUUUUGAUGAUGGUAAAUUUCUUGAACAUACAUACUAUCUGGCUAUUUAAAAAUUACAUAGUUGAUUAUAAUGAUUGGAAGCCUAAUGAUUUGAUUAGUAAUUAAAAUGUCAUGUGCAUUAUAAUAUAUUAUGUAUACUUACAAACUUGUUGAAAAUAUAUGAAAGGAAGGUUUAUCUUGCACAUGACAUUUACAUAUAACUGCUUUAUAUAAGAUCUACCUGUUUCUUCUUGAUUAAUGAUCUUUUCAAUUCAAAUUAUUCCAUGCAAUGUAAAUGUGUAGUCAACCUAAUAUAUUCUUAAGUCAAUGUUCCACAGAUACUAAGAUAUAAUGUAUGGAGGCAUUUCUAAAUCUGCAGUCUCAAUUUAAUUUUAAUUUAAAUAAGGUCUAUGAAAGUGAAUCAAGUGAUCAAAUGUCCAAAAAUAUACUACUGUAGCUUCAUAAGGGUUUUGUAUGAAAUUACUAUAUAAAUGCAUUUUAAGUGUUUAUGUUAUAAUGGACAGUAUUUUACUUUUUGUUUUCUACAGUUUGAGAACAAAGGGGGAAAUACGAUAUUUUUAUUGUAUUGUGUUAAUUUUAUUAUGAUUUAAAUAAGCACAUUUCUUAAUCAUGAUCUUCUACAAAAGGAGGUAAAACUAUAAUAAGAUAGCCAAGAGUCUCUUUAAAAGUUUUAUUAAUGGCUUUGAGUGUUGUCCUUGCACAAGAUCAUACUAGAAGCUUUAAUUUUAUAGCCAUGACACUUCAAACAUUGCUUCUUUGUCAAAACAAUUUCUAAAUGGAUCUAAUUCUAGCUAUUUGUGCUAAUUUUUUUUAUUUCUGUAACCCAAUGAUGAAUAAAAUUUACCAGUGUUUUAAAGUACCAUACAUGAAAAUACUUUGUACUGUUGACCAUAAACUAUCCUUCAGUUAUCAGUUCUUUAUGCUUCAGGGAAUUUUCAUAUUUCAGAAAAAAAUGCAAAGCCCUGAUAGUAAUUCUCCAGAAAAGCUGCAGAGGGCAAAAAUAUGUGCGACAUUGCUUUCUUAACAAUUUGAUUUGGUGUUACUUUUAAGUUAGCUGCCAUUAUUAAUAGAUCUUUUCUUUACAAGGUCUAAGAUCAUUUUGAACUCCUUUAUUUUAAUGCUAUUGGUUUAUUUUCAGUUAUAUAAUUUUAAUGGUGUUUGUGUUCUCAUUGUAAUUAUUAGAACAGGAAUGAUAGAAAGGAAUUAGCAACAUGUGUUUCUCAUAAAAGAGUUUUUUGAAAUUAGUAUCUAAAACCUAAGUAGAUUAGUUGAUGAGUUGAAAUACAACAUGUUUUCUACACUGUAAACACAUCAAGGUCUAUUUUGAUUGAAAUGCAAAUUUCAUAAAUCAAAAGUGAAAUUGUAAAAUAUGUUUAUAUUUAAAAGCAAUGUAUUCCAGCAAUUAUAUUACAGAAGAUAUCUUUUUGCUCCAUAUUUUCUUUCUUUCUUUCUUUUUGUUUUUGUUUUUGUUUUUUUUUUUUUUCUUUUUUGGCUUUUUUGAGACAGGGUUUCUCUGUGUAGCCCUGGUUGUCCUGGGACUCACUUUGUAGACCAGGCUGACCUCGAACUCAGAAAUGCACCUGCCUCUGACUCUCAAAUUGAAAUAUUUAACUUACAAAACAAUAUCAAUUUCCUUUAUGUAUAUGUUUUCUAUUUUUCCGUAUUGACUACCUUAGCCACAUUGAAAAUAAAAGUGGACCCACUUAAAGGAAACUUUUAAAAGUAUAAUUUAGAUUCAUUUAACCAUGCUUUUGAACAAUUACUAAUAUUUUAUUCUCAAGACAUAAGUACUCCUGCCUCAUUUUCUGUUUAGAUAUUCCCAUUCAUUUCCAUUGUACAUUUCAACUCAAUUCAAAAUAGCACUGGAUAUUCACAAUCAAGUCACAUUUUCUGAACACUUCUUAUAGAUUUUCCUGGAGAAUAGACCUGUCAUUGUGGAUUUUACCAAGAUGAAUUUUAUAAUAAAUACUGUUUUGGUUUAAAAUAUAUUCAAAGGUGCUUUAAUGACAAAAUUUUAUAAAAUUAAUAUUUUUAAAAGAAUUAUGCAACUUUUCAUGAAUUAUAGGCAUCUGCACAUGAAAUCUGUGAUUCAAUAUGGUAUUUAUAAUUAGCAGUGAGCUUUUAGGUGCAAUUGUAUCCAUAUGCUUUUAUUUUUAUUUUUCAUGUAUUACACAUUUGUUUUAGAAUAUGUAGAAAUAAUUAAAUUAGAAAUGUAAUUAUUUGUCUUUAUUUCAUAUUAUAGCAGGAUGUUCAUUAUGGCUUACUCAAUAGUUUAAAUCAACUGUUCAGUGAGUUUGAGAAGCAGUCAUUUAACAGGUAUAAAAUCAUUGUCGGUGCAAAAAAUUGUACAGAAAAAAUUAACAUGGCUUCUAUGUAAGGAUAACACAGAAUCAAUUAGUUUAUUAUGACCUAUGUAUAGAUUGGUUUUGUACAUAAUAAAGAUUUUAUUUAUUAUACAUAGUAUUCAUUUUAUAAAUGUGUGAUUAAACUGAACAGAUGAUAGUGUAGUAUACUAUCAUGAUAUUUCCCUCUUCCAUGAAGCUAAUUUUCCUUAACUAGAAAUACCAAGUCUUGAAAAAAUAUUUCUCAGUUAUAAAGAAAUCCAUAUAUAUUUCUUGACAACAUUCUCCUAGCAGGCAAAGACAAAUUAUUUAUUUCUAAUAGGUCUCAAAAUAAUUAUUUGUGCUUUUCAUGUUCUAGAUAAUCUUGACACUACUUUAGUUUUUCAUUUGUAAAUGUAUCAAUGUUUAUGAAGAUACAAACAUUAACUGUUUCCAUUUAACUAGGAUACUUUGUCACAUAAAACAAUUACAUUCAAUUGGUUUUUAUUAAUGAAAAUAAUUUGCCAAUGUAUUGCCAAAAUAUUUGCACUGUUCCAACUUAUUAUAGAAAGGUAUAAUAUUCACUAAUUUAUUAUAAAAUGUUAUUCUUCUAUAAAAACGAUGUACUUUUAAGAAUAACAGGCUUUCCCCUUUAAAACCUAAUCUUAUGUCUAGUAAACAAAUAUGUAUUCUGAUUUUCAAGAGUGGAAACACACACACACACACACUUAUACACACACACACACACACACACACACACACACAAAACAUAAAAACAACAACAACAAAAAAAAACCAGAGUAUAAUGGAACUACCAUAAACAAAUUGUAGGUUCCUAAAUUUCAUUAAUAUAUUUUUAUCUGACCACUCAGAUAUUCAACAGUAUGUGUUAGAUAAUAUCAUUUGUGAUGUUCAGAUUGAAUAAUUACAUUUGUCAUAAAAUUUGGUUUGUCAAGAGAAAGUAUUGAAUGCCAAAUUGGUGAAAAAGCUAUAUGUACAUGCUAUCCAAACAAAACAAAAGACAAAAUAUAAUUUUCAGUAGACAUGGAGAGAUUAUUCCAAACUCACAAAAUUCUUUAACUUCAUAAACACAUAAAAUGUAUAUACAGGAACACAGAAUGAAAUUUCAUAUGAUACAUGAUUUCACAUAUUUGAUGAUUGAGGCUUCUUGUGUUGGAAAACUGAAAGCUAUCCUUCAACUUCAUGUUUAGUUAUUGAGAUUUUGUUUAAUUUUGAUAAUUAAGUAGUAUUACUGUACUAUGAUUAAUCUGUCUUAGUGUAUGUAUAACUUCAUAUCUAUAUAUGGGUGUUUUAUGUUCCAAGUUUUUAGAAGGAAAACAUGACAUGAUUUAAAAUUUAAGAUGAUGUAUAUACUCUCAGAAUAUUAGAGUCUUUCUAGAUUGUUAAUGCCACAGUCCUAAAAUAUGAUCAUAUUCUUUCAUUCAUAGCUUCCCAUUUAUUAUCAUAUGCUUAGUAAAACUACUCUUUUAUUCAAUAGUUUCUGAUUGUGUGCUAAUGCUUGUUUUUCCUUUCUUCCAUGUUAUUGAAUUUAAAGUACAUGUAUUGCUUCUCCUGUGAAGUAUCCCUCCUUUCUUAAAUAUUAGAUAUCUGAUAAUAUUACAGUUGUAUGACUAAAGUUACUUUGACACCAAAAAUUUUAGCUUCCACUUCUCUUGUUAUAACAAAGCUAGGUUUACAUUUAAUAAUAUGUAACUUCAGUUCAACUAGUAUGAUUACAAUCCAAGUGAAUUUCCUUUAACACUAUUAACCUACUCAUAUUAUACCCAGUUUUAAUGCAAUGAAAACAAGAGUAUAGUAACUCUGUGUAGAAUAUUAUCAAUUUCAUGUGUCUCUAGUAUUCUCGGUUUAAUUCUUACUUUGUUCAAGAGAUUGUAAAUGGAUUUUUCAUCAUCAUAUGCAUUCAUUUCUAUAUACAUAUACACAUGUUCAUUUUUAAAAACAUUUUAGCAUGAAAUAUGAAUUCCCAUAUCAUAGGAAUAUUUAUGAGGAUAUAACUAGUUUUCUCACUGUACAAUAUGAAUAUGUAUAUGUAUAUUUAAUCAUCAUUUGUUUCUUUUUCAUAGAGUAAGUAAUAAAAAUGGCCCUAGAGGUGAAAAUUUAUGUUACAAAUCUAAAAAUUUAAAAUAACAUGAAGAUUUCCAAGUUUUAGUUUGUAUGUGUAAUUGGGCUUUUAAGAAGAAUAAACAGAUUUUGUAUGACUAUAUUGAAUAAGUACAAUAGAUGUCUUUUUACCUGUUAUACUUUUAGAUCCUAAUACACCACUGUAUUUAAUGCAACUUCAGAGUCUUACCUGUCUGUAAUCUGUUCUAAAUGAAAUAUUUUUUAAUAAAUUUUUUCUGUAUUCCAAUAA